UAUACACAAUCCACUCUCUCCUCUUUGUGCUCCCAAACCAAACAUAACACUCACAAAUACACAAUACAACUCUCUCUCUCUCACAUCUCUCAUCUCUCUCACAUCUCUCAUCUCUCUCACUUCAUCUCUUUCUUUUUAAAUCUCAAAAACACUCUUCGAUCGAUGGAGUCAAAUCUGUUCAUAACUCACACUUCUUCUUCUCUCAAAUCCCAAGCCUUUGUCUCCUCAUAAUCAUCAUCCUAAACUUAAGAAAAAAUAAUACAACACUCAGUAAUCAUGAGACCAAUACUAGACCUCGAAAUUGAAGCAUCAUCAGACAGUAGCAGUAGCCAAGUAGCAUCAAACUUGUCUCCGGUUGGGGAAGAUUACAAACCUGUCUCUUUGAAUCUUAGCCUCUCUUUCAACAACAACAGUUUGGAUCUUGAAUCAUCUUCUUUGACGUUGCCACUUUCGAGCACAAGUGAGAGUAGCAAUCCAGAACAGCAGCAACAACAACAACAACAACAACAACCUUCUACUGUAUCCAAGAGAGUCUUCUCUUGCAACUACUGCCAAAGGAAGUUCUAUAGCUCUCAAGCACUUGGUGGUCAUCAAAACGCUCAUAAACGCGAGAGAACACUCGCCAAACGCGCUAUGCGUAUGGGUCUUGCUGGGGUCUUUCCUGGUAGAGGAUCGGGUAGCAAUUACGCGGCUGCUGCUACAGCAGCCGCUCUCUCGUGUCUGCCGCUGCACGGAAGCGGAAAUGCGAAUAUGACGUCAUUUAGGACACUUGGAAUUCGGGCUCACGCUUCGUCCCAUGAUGCUGGUGGCAUGACAAGGCAGACAUCAGAGAAUAUUAUUAGAAACAUUGCCAGGUUCAACCAGGGGUAUUUUGGUAAUUGUAUGCCUUUUUACGUCGAGGAUGACGAGGCCGAGAUGCUUUGGCCUGGGAGUUUCAGGCAAGGGAUCGAUGCGGUCGCGGCUGAUGCGGGUAAUGAUAAUCUAAGUGAAAGAAAAAUGGAUUUCUUGGAUGUCACACAAGCUACGGAUAUGGAGAGUUCACUCCCAGAUCUAACCUUGAAGCUUUGAGCUUUCCUUUUCUUUGUUUUUUACUUUUUUUUUUCCUUUUGAAUUUGGAUUCUUAAUUUGGUUGCAAUGAGCAUCAUAACUCUAUUAUGUACAGUGAGAGUUUCACGAACCAUUUCUGAUAUGUUAUCAUUAUAUAUGGUCACUAUUGAUUGAUCGACCAAAAAAGUCAAUUAUCCUGUUUGCUUAUGUGUGUAUAAAGCCAAAGAGAUAUGUAUUUAAACCAAAUAUUAUGUUAA